CAUUCAAAUUCCAGCGGGCCGCCACCGCCGCCUAGAAAAUGGCUGCGCCGGGGGGGACGGAGUCGCCUGGUGUGGUGGCGGCGGUUCCGAGUUCCCAGGCCUCCCCGAUUGUCACGGCAGAGACGCCGCUAGCCCUGGAGCGCGGCCGUGGCGGGAGGAGGUCCCGACGGAGCGUAUCGGCGGCCCUCAGCCCCACGGUGUCCGUGGUGUUCCCAGGCGCUGUGAGCCGAGAGAGCUGCUGCCGCUUCGCCUGCGAGCUCCUCAAGCACGUCCUGCACCAGCGGCACCAGCUCCCGCUGCCGUACGAGCAACUCGCCUACUUCUGCCGGCGGGCGACGCAGGAUGGGGAUGUGAUCAAGAAGCCACCCUCUGUGGGCCUGGCGAGCAAGAAGUGCCAGCAGGUGCUGGUGGAGCUGGAAGGAGUGCUCCAGCACUUGGAAGAUAUGUUCAGCUUGACGCUGGUUCCCCGUGUUCUUAUUCUGCUUGGAGGCAAUGCUGUGAGCCCCAAGGAGCUUUACGAGCUCAACUUGGAGGGGAUCUGUGUGGGCAGUGCUGAGAAAAGCCUGAAAACCACAUCCUGCGUGCGUAAGCUUUUUCACUCGCUCUUCAUUGCAGAUGUCUUCAGUGAACUUAAGGCUCUUCCUGUCAUGGGCACCGUUGUUAUGCUCCAAGGGCAUCGCGGUUGUGGUGUGGAAUGGUUCCGACCCAAGCUCAACUACAAAGUGCCAACCCGAGGAAGGAAACUGACUAUUAACUUGUCCUGCGAUGGAGAUGUCGAUAUAAGUACCUCAGCUCCUCAGACUAUGACUUCUGCUUGGGAGGACUACAUAUGGUUUCAAGCACCAGUGACACUCAAGGGCUUUCAUGAAUGAUCUGUGCUCUGUAGAACUUUAAUGGGAGAUUGAAUAAUCUUUGGUGCUGUUUAGGUAAUAAUUGUAUCAAAGGUAAUGGCAUACUCUUGUCUCUCUGGAUCUCUUCUCCAGGGCAUCUGUUGCCUUCCUGGACCGCCUUCUUCUGUGUUCACCUCCUGACUUGUCUUUGAAAGCAAAUACCACUCAAGGCACAGUUGCGUACAGAUACCAUGAUUCCUUAGGGAGAUUAAUUCAUGUAUUGGUUGCAAAACUUCCCUGUGACGCGCUUGCUGAACUGACAAGUAUUGGGUACAGUCUUUCUGAGUUCUACUCUCCUGAGUUUUACUGCAGCCAUUUCUGUUAAUAAUUACUACAUUACACGAUUGUUUGGGACUAGAUAACAUAUAUGAUUAUUAAUAUAGUUAGCCUUUACUAUGAAGGCCAUAACCGUUCUUUAUCUUCCCCACUGCUGUGAAAGAGGACCUUUUCCUGCAGCCCACUCAGGCUUGAGUACUCAAGUGCUUCCCCAUCUAGUAGAUGAUAUCUUUCUUCCCAGAACACCGUUUCAGUUAGUUAGGAAUCCAAUGUGGCAUUCUUCAGCAAUUGGGAGACUUCAUACCUAGCACUGUGUCUUAUAUUGGUGAUGAAAUGAGGCUGAGUGGUACUGUGGCGGCAAGGGAGCACAUCUUCCUAUUUCUUUACUAACUUUUAGUCCAUCAGACCUGACAAUCAGUUUAAUAUACAACUAAAACUAGGAGUAAGCAGUUUAUCUCACCUUCACAGGAAGUUGGGACUCCUGCCUCAAUGUGAUAGCUUAUUCUCACUGAACAGAAAAUAAAAAUCUCUUGCUGCCUUUUGGGACAAGGAAGGAGAGAAACAAGUGCCAGAACUAGAUAUCUGCUGGAGUUGUCUUGAAUCAUCUGGAUAUGUCUCUGUCAUAUAAUGAGUUAAAUAGCUCCAUCCACACAAAGAGAAACUCUAGGCUGCUGGUAGUGAGGUUGCUUACAGUUACCUGCUAACAAAAGCUGCACGAUGGAGUGAUAAAAAUCCUUUGAAAGGAGGUUAAAAGGUGAAUAAACCCUCUGUACUCAGUGCAUGUUUUAAGCUUUUCUGACAUCUUGGCAGUGAAUAAGACUGUAAAACUGGAAGGAAAUCAGUUGAUAUUUUUUAAGCUUAGAGAACGCUAGGGGUGCUGCUUCUGCCUUACUAUCCAGUGGCAGAUAGGUAACUGCUAAAACUAGCUCUAGGGAAGAACUGCUAGAAUAAAGAGAACUGCCUUAAGUGAGCAGCUGCACCUAAGAAUGUAGUCACAGGUCUCUUGAAUGAAAUAUAACUUAAACUAUUCAAUAGGAGUGUUUGAAAUUCUCAGGACAUCAAAGCCCUUCACAUUUCCACCAAAGCUGCUUGAAAUGCAUAUUUAAGAAUGCUAGCAUUUGAGUAUUUAAAGAAGCUUUUGAACAGAAGCUGUAGUUCUGAGGAACAAGGAGCCCAUUCCUUUCUGCUAUAUCCUCCAGAUGAGUGCAAUGUUACUACAUUAAAUUGUUUACAUAUUGUAUUAUACUUGAAUUAUGAAUGCAGCAAUGAUAUGGUGCCAGGAAUAAAAGACAAGAUGCUUUUUUUCAUAUGAAGAGCUUUAGAGUUUGAACAAGUUUAGUAGUUAUAAUCAUUAUCAUCAAAAUAAAAUGCUGGCUUUUGUAUUGUGA